UGGCAUGGCAGUAGGCCCACAAAAUUGUUUAUACUCAAAGGAUAAAACUUAAAUAUUUAACUUUGUUCAUCUUCGAAGCUUCUGCAUAUUUCUAAGAUAAACAAAUGGCUCAACUACCUUUCCGCAUUUCCUGUUUACGAUAGUUUGAUAAUCGUUAUCGUGUAUCGAUAGUCGGGCACCAGAUAAUUUCAUUUGGCGUCUUUUUGUGUUAUUUUGAUCUGCAAUUCGCGCGUUUAUUUAUGAGGUCCUGGGAUAACCAAUCUAUAUUCCCGAGUGUUCAAUAUGUCUGACGACGACUGCGAUAUAUUCAGUGCUGCUCGCAAACGGGCUCCAGUGAUAGCUUUGCCUAGCGAUUCCUAUAAUCCCGGCAAUGAUUCAUUCUCUAAAGAGGUGGAUUACGAUUUCAUAGAUGCCAGCCCUAAGAAGUCGAGUAGGACCAGCAAACGAAAGCAAUUGGCAGCGCCCCGGGAAAAGACCCAGAUAAAUGACGUUGGUCCUUCGCCCCCAAAACAGAAUAAACUAAAUCAAGCAGAGUCGGAAAAGGACGAAGAGGAUGGCCCACAACGAGCCUUGACCCCCGUCUCAAAGUUGAUUCAGGAGAUGGAGCAGAAACAUGUCAUGAAGGGAGACGCCCGGUUUGUCCUGGACGUAGAACAGAACGAAGCCAAAAAAAGUGACAUAGUUCCUGUGGCCAGACGCACUCGCUCCUCUAAAGGCAAGUUGGAUACACAGCCCCCCCCUGUGGAUAUCAGUGUGGUGAUGCCCACCAAGGAGAAGACCAAGAAGGGAGGCAGGAAAAAGGCGACAACACAAACAGAGAUUAGCGUGGAAACUGUACCCGCAUCUGUUGUCUCCUCCUUAGACAGCAUUGUGGCCACUUUCAACAGCAGACGAAAGGCGGUGGCCGAAAUAGCCGCCCGCUCUAAGGUGGUGGAUAGUAUCGACCUGGUAUCAGCGGUAGCUCCGCGAGUGGAGGGCUUUGUAAAUCUCAACUCGGAUGAUGAAGGUGAAGCCCCUGCACCCGUGGAUGAAGCAAACAUCUUUGAUAAUGAUAACCCCACCAUAGAAGUAGCACUGUCUUGGGCGGGCGAGAUUCAGAUCUACAAACUGCGGCAGCACCAAAAGUUUAAGCACAUGUUCAAGGAAGUGGCCGAACGCAACGAAGUGGAUGAGAAUGAUAUCUCUGUAGAUAUGUACUACAAUUUCAUAGGGCCCGACGACACGCCACAUAGCAUUGGUCUCAAAUCCUUUCAUACGCUCAGUGGUCAUGCAACAAAGUCCAACAAUAAUAACGACAAAAAGUUGGCUGCCAAAGACGAAAACAAUCCACAAGCCCUAUCCCGGAAACCCAAAAAAUUCCAACUUAAAGUCCAAGCUGAUAAAUGGAAACACCCUAUGGUUAUGCCUAUGAAGAAAAAAGAUAACUUCAAAAUGUUAUACAUCAAGUGUGCUGAAGAGCUAAACUGUGAUGCUCGCCUCAUAAAAUUAUUUUUCGAUGGCGAACUCUUGGAUCCGGAGGAUACGCCCAAAAACCAGGAUAUGGAGGGCAAUGAACUGAUUGAUCUUCAAAUAAAGUCCUAAUUUUUAAGCAAGUUUUAAGUUCUCCAAAAAAUACUCUUAAAUUGUUUAUAGUUAAUCACUCAUUGCUGUGCAAAAUCUGAAAUUUUAUUUGUUUAAUAUGAAGAUGUUCUGUGUAUAAAUGCGUUAAAUGUAGUUAUAUUUAUUAAGAGAAUAUUGUAAUUUUAGACCCAUGAUAAAGGAUUUAUAGGUCUAGGGGGAAUUCAUAAUAUCGGCUUACUAUGUACUAGAUCUAAAGAAUAGCCAUACAUAAAAUUUCUUUCUGCUUUUCAUAAAGAAUGAUAGGAUGCUUACGAAAUGCCCUG